GCCCCACACAGCAGCUCUUCCCCGCUCCGAGGAGGUAGCCAGCGUCACUCCCACCGCCACCACCUCGCCGGCGACGAUCGCCUCCCGCCCAGCGACAGCAGCCGCCCCGGCCGACAGCCCCUGAGACCCCGGCAGCGCAGCGCGCCCAGGCACCCACCUCUGCGCCCUCGCCCCAGCCACCAUGGCUCCCGCCGCUGCCGCCGUCGCGCUCCUCCUCGCGCUCUGCAGCCAGCUCGGCUCUGGCCAGGACUGCAGCGCUCAGUGCGCCCAGUGCGCUUCCGAACCCGCGCCGCGCUGCCCGCUCGGCGUGAGCCUUGUCCUCGACGGCUGCGGCUGCUGCCGCGUCUGCGCCAAGCAGCUGGGCGAGCUGUGCACGCAGCUCCACCCCUGCGACCCGCACAAGGGCCUCUCCUGUGACUUCGGUUCCGCGUCCAAUCGCAAUAUCGGCGUGUGCACCGCCCAAGGGGGUGCCCCCUGCGUGUUCGGAGGGAAGGUGUACCGCAGCGGAGACACCUUUCAUAGCAGCUGCAAGUACCAGUGCACGUGCCUGGACGGAGCGGUGGGCUGCGUGCCCCUGUGCAGCGUGGACGUGCGCCUGCCCAGCCCCGACUGCCCCUUCCCCAGAAGGGUCAAGCUGCCCGGCAAGUGCUGCGAGGAGUGGGUGUGCGACCAGCCCAAGGACAGCACUGCGGUGGGACCCGCGCUGGCUGCCUAUCGACUGGAAGACACAUUUGGCCCCGAUCCAACGAUGAUGCGAGCCAACUGCCUGGUCCAGACCACAGAGUGGAGCGCCUGCUCCAAGACCUGCGGGAUGGGCCUCUCCACCCGGGUUACCAAUGACAACGCCUACUGCCGGCUGGAGAAGCAGAGUCGCCUGUGCAUGGUCCGGCCCUGCGAAGUGGACCUGGAAGAAAACAUUAAGAAGGGCAAAAAGUGCAUCCGGACCCCUAAAAUCUACAAGCCUGUCAAGUUUGAGCUGUCUGGCUGCACCAGCGUGAAGACCUACCGGGCUAAGUUCUGCGGGGUAUGUACAGACGGCAGGUGCUGCACCCCACAUGCCACCACCACCCUGCCUGUGGAGUUCAAGUGUCCUGAUGGCGAGAUCAUGAAGAAAAGCAUGAUGUUCAUCAAGAGUUGCGCCUGCCAUUACAACUGUCCUGGUGACAAUGACAUCUUUGAGUCCCUGUACCACAAGACAAUGUAUGGAGACAUGGCCUAAAGCCAGAAAGUGAAGGACAUUAACUCCAUUAACUCAUUAGUCUGUAACUUGAACUAAUUCACAUCUCAUUUUUAUGUAAAAAUGAUUUCAAUAGCACAUGUUAAUUUAAGUUUUUUCUAGCUGGGGAGGGAGAUUCCCACUCCAUUCAAAGCAUUGUGCUAUGUCGCACAAAUAAUCUACCAACCCCAGACACUGGUUUGAAGAAAGUUAAGACUUGACAGUGGGAUGACAUUAGCAAAUAGUGCCAGAAUGUAUACCAAGGAAGGUGUGGCUGUAGGAGCAGCGAGGACACCUGCAGAGGCCAGUGCCACCGAAUGUCAUCUGAAAGCAGUGACAAGCCUGCUGUUUGGAGCAUGCUCUCGGGAAGGAAAAUGUUACAGGCUCUCUGACCUCCCUGCAGCUCCAUCCUUAGGAAGGGUGUGCAUUCUACAGCCACCCCGGGGCUGAGUCGCGUUUGUUCUUGAAACCAGAGCAGCAGGCUCAGCUGUGACACUGAUUCCAAUGACAGUAUUCAGGAGUCAGAAUCCUGUCUAUUAGACUGGACAGCUUGUGGCAAGUUAAUUUGCCUGUAACAAGCCAGAUUUUUUUUAUUAAUAUUGUAAAUAUUGUGGAGAUAUAUAUAUAUAUUUGUACAGUUAUCUAAGUUAAUUUAAAAUUGUUUGUGCCUUUUUGUUCUUGUUCUUAAUGCUUGGGUAUUUCAAAGGUUAGCCUCAUGUUGUGAACAGCAUGGGUAGGCCAGAAAGCUUGUCUGAUUGUUGGAAGCUUGGGGUGGAGACUGGGUAGAAUCUUAACAGAGUGACGGUUCAUCCAGAGAGAUGACUUGAAGGGGAGGUCCUGGGGUCCCUGGCUGUAGGGAGCAUGGUGACCUCGCUUCUGGUGAAUAAAUGUCCUGUAUUCAAAGAUGACUACACAGCUGGUCAAUUUUCCCCCUGGAAGCACCUGUUUGUACUUUGACUAUGACUGUUUUUCAGACAGUUUAUUUGGAGAAAGUAUGACCAAAAGUUACAUGUUUGCACCUUUCUAGUUGAAAUAAAGUAUAUAUUUUUUCUA